GCGGCUUGUGCGGCCCCUCUUUCACGUGACGCCGCUUCUAGCUUGGAAUCCGAGGUGCUCCAGGUUCACCUGCCUCGCCCAAACUGCACCAGCUCUGACUCUAUCUCUCUCCCCUCCUCCACCCCUCUCAUCCCCUCAGUUUACGCCCUUCAUACGCAUUCUGCCAGAAAGUGCAGGCGUGCAUACACACCAUUCAGAAUGACGACCCUUGCGAUAGAUAAGAAUGCCGCGGCCAACUCGUCGGCCAUUGACGACAACGAGUAUGACGAGGAGCACGGCGAACACCACCCCCACCGCAACUCGGUCCACCACCGUCUGCGAGCCAACAGCUCAAUCAUGCAGCUGAAGAAGAUUCUGGUGGCCAAUCGCGGAGAAAUCCCCAUCCGAAUCUUCAGGACGGCUCACGAGCUGUCGUUGCACACUGUGGCUGUUUACAGUCAUGAGGACCGUCUUAGCAUGCACAGGCAAAAGGCCGAUGAGGCCUACGAGAUUGGCGCUCGGGGCCAGUACACGCCCGUCGGUGCCUACCUGGCCGGCGACGAGAUUAUCAAGAUCGCCAAAGAGCACGAUGUGAACAUGAUUCACCCGGGUUACGGUUUCUUGUCUGAGAACGAGGAAUUCGCCCGCAAAGUAGAGGAGGCUGGUUUGAUCUGGAUCGGCCCAACACACCAGACCAUCAAUGCUCUUGGUGACAAAGUGUCUGCUCGAAAACUUGCCAUCAAGUGCAAGGUCCCCGUCGUCCCCGGCACGGAAAACCCCGUCGAGAAGUUCGAAGAGGUCAAGGAAUUCACCGACCAGUACGGAUUCCCCAUCAUCAUCAAGGCAGCCUUUGGUGGUGGUGGCCGUGGUAUGCGUGUGGUUCGCGAGCAAGCCACUCUCCAGGAAAACUUUGAGCGUGCAGUGUCCGAGGCCAAGUCCGCCUUCGGAAACGGUACCGUUUUCGUUGAGCGCUUCCUCGACAAGCCCAAGCAUAUCGAGGUCCAGCUUCUCGGUGAUAACUAUGGCAACGUAGUCCACCUGUACGAGCGUGACUGCAGUGUCCAGCGUCGUCACCAAAAGGUCGUUGAGAUUGCUCCAGCCAAGGAUCUGCCGGUUAAGAUGCGCGACGAGAUUCUUGAUUGCGCUGUCCGGCUUGCCCAGUCGGUCAACUACCGCAAUGCCGGUACCGCCGAGUUCUUGGUAGACGAGAAAGGCUUUUACUUCAUUGAAAUCAACCCCCGAAUUCAAGUCGAGCACACCAUUACCGAAGAAGUCACGGGCAUCGAUAUUGUUGCAGCGCAGAUCCAGAUUGCCGCCGGUGCCUCCCUCGAGCAAUUGGGCCUCACACAAGAUCACAUUUCCACACGAGGCUUUGCCUUCCAAUGUCGUAUCACAACCGAAGACCCGGCAGCGGGCUUCGCACCUGACACCGGAAAGAUCGAGGUGUACCGUUCCGCAGGCGGCAACGGUGUCCGUCUCGAUGGUGGUAAUGGUUUCGCUGGUGCCAUCAUCACCCCCCACUAUGAUUCCAUGUUGGUGAAGUGCUCAUGCCGUGGAUCCACAUACGAGAUUGUGCGACGAAAGAUGCUCCGUGCUCUUGUCGAGUUCCGUAUCCGUGGCGUCAAGACCAAUAUUCCUUUCCUCCUCAAGCUCCUCACACACGAUACCUUUAUUGACGGCAAGUGCUGGACUACCUUCAUUGACGACACCCCUUCUCUGUUCGACCUGAUUGGUUCUCAGAAUCGUGCCCAGAAGCUGCUUGCCUACCUCGGUGAGCUUGCCGUCAACGGUAGCUCCAUCAAGGGCCAGGUCGGUGAGCCCAAGUUUAAGGGCGAGAUCAAGAUUCCCGUUCUCCACGACUCGAACGGCAACAAGGUCGACACAUCUGCUCCUGCCACCAAAGGAUGGCGGAACGUCAUUCUCAAGGAUGGUCCCGAGGGCUUUGCCAAGGCAGUCCGCGCCAACAAGGGCUGUCUCAUCAUGGACACUACCUGGCGUGACGCCCACCAGUCUCUCCUUGCCACUCGUGUUCGAACAGUUGAUCUGCUCAACAUUGCCAAGGAGACUAGCCAUGCUUACUCCAACGCUUGGGCUCUCGAGUGCUGGGGUGGAGCAACCUUUGAUGUGGCCAUGCGUUUCCUCUAUGAGGAUCCUUGGGACAGGUUGAGGAAGAUGAGGAAGCUUGUACCCAACAUUCCCUUCCAAAUGCUUCUCCGUGGAGCCAACGGUGUGGCUUACUCUUCCCUUCCCGACAACGCCAUCUUCCACUUUGUGGAGCAGGCGAAGAAAAACGGUGUCGAUAUCUUCCGUGUCUUCGAUGCCCUGAACGAUGUCGACCAACUCGAAGUUGGUGUCCAGGCUGUCUUGAAGGCCGGUGGUGUAGCUGAAGGUACCGUGUGUAUCUCAGGAGAUCUACUCAACCCUAAGAAGAAGUACAAUCUUGAGUACUACCUCUCUGUGGUGGACAAGAUUGUCGGCAUGGGCGCUCACGUGCUCGGGAUAAAGGACAUGGCUGGUGUGUUGAAGCCCAAGGCUGCUACCCUCCUUGUUGGUGCCAUUCGCAAGAAGUACCCCGAUCUUCCUAUUCACGUUCACACCCACGACUCUGCCGGCACGGGUGUAGCUUCCAUGGCCGCCUGUGCCGCGGCGGGAGCUGAUGCUGUUGACGCCGCUACCGACAGCAUGUCUGGAAUGACUUCCCAACCUAGCAUUGGUGCCAUUUUGGCGUCGAUCGAAGGCACCGAUUACGAUGCCGGUCUUGAUGCUCACAUGAUCCGUCACCUCGACGCCUACUGGGCUCAACUCCGUCUGCUGUACUCUCCUUUCGAGGCUGGUCUUACUGGUCCCGACCCCGAGGUUUACGAGCACGAGAUUCCUGGUGGACAGCUCACCAACCUCAUCUUCCAGGCCUCUCAACAGGGUCUUGGUGAGCAGUGGGCUCAAACUAAGAAGGCCUACGAACACGCCAACGAUUUGCUGGGCGACAUUGUCAAGGUUACUCCUACCUCCAAGGUUGUUGGUGACUUGGCUCAAUUCAUGGUGUCUAACAACCUGUCUUACGAUGAUGUGCUCAAGAAGGCCGAGCAGCUCGACUUCCCAUCCUCGGUGUUGGAAUUCUUCGAGGGACUCAUGGGCCAGCCCUACGGCGGAUUCCCCGAGCCUCUCCGCUCACACGCCCUCCGCGACCGUCGCAAGAUGGACAAGCGUCCCGGUCUUUACCUCGAGCCUGUCGACUUGACCAAGAUCAAGUCGGACCUCAAGGCCAGGUGGGGAGAUGCCACUGAGUGUGACGUCGCCUCCCACACCAUGUACGCCAAGGUCUUCGAAGACUACAAGAAGUUCACCAGCAAGUACGGCGAUCUUUCCGUUCUGCCUACGCGCUACUUCCUCUCCCGUCCCGAGAUUGGCGAGGAGUUCCACGUCGAGCUCGAGAAGGGUAAGGUGCUCAUCUUGAAGCUUCUUGCCGUUGGUCCUCUCUCUGAGCAGACUGGUCUUCGUGAGGUCUUUUACGAGGUCAAUGGUGAGACUCGUGCUGUUACCGUCGAGGACAAGCACGCUGCCAUCGAAAACGUUCGGAGGCCCAAGGCCGACCCCACCGAUACCAGCCAGGUCGGCUCGCCCAUGUCUGGUGUGCUUGUUGAGGUCCGCGCCAAGGACGGUGGCGAUGUCCUCAAGGGUGACCCCAUUGCUGUUCUCAGCGCCAUGAAGAUGGAAAUGGUCAUCUCUGCACCCCACUCUGGAAAGAUCGGCAACUUGUCCGUCCGCGAGGGCGACUCUGUCGAUUCUGGCGACCUUGUCUGCAAGAUUGUCAAGUGA